UUACGGUACAAAAAUGUAGUAACAAAUCCGCUCACAAAAAUGAGCAUUUUCGGCGAUGCAUUCAUUUCUUUCAACCUGAUUACAGCGCCUCUUGUUCGUCGUGGGCUCUUGCCAAGGCACAAGCCGCAAUCGCUUGGUGCACCGGGUUUUGUAGUGCACUAUGUUUCGAGAGAGGGAUCAGACAAUGAUGAUGGAGGCAAGCACCAUCACCUAUUCUGUAUCCUCCUGUAGCGACUCCAUGAUUGAAGCUAGCAAAGACUUUGUGAUCAAGCUCUUGGUGGAAGAGGAAGGAGUAACCACUAUUCGUAGAAUUCGUCUCUUUCGCAUUGUCGAGCAAGGGGGCAAGAUCUCUUAUGAUAGACUUGUCCGACUUGUGAGCUCCAAAAUACGCUACCUUCAUAUUGACGAUGUACGCUUAUCCUACCUCGAUGUUGACGACGAUUGUGUGGUUGUCGACUCCCCUGAUGAGCUAGUUGAUGCUAUCGACCAGUUCAAUGAUCAAAGAGUGCUAAGGCUCUUUGUGGGAGAGGUUACCCCAUCCAUGAAACAAGCCUAUUACGCACACGGCGGCGUGGGAAAUGGACAUCCCAACAAGAAAAUGACGUUCAAUGGAGAUAUGCAACAAAUGAUUGAACGACAAAUAGAACAAGUUCUGGAAAAGAGAUUUCGAUUACUGGAACAGAAACGACGGGAACAAGAACAAGGGGCAAGAAGUGGACCAAAUAGUGCCAAUCCAAGAGAUUUUCCUACACAAUCAGCACAGCGGGUUGAUAUUGGUAUCCGAGAAGAACCAUCGCCACCACAGCAGCAGCAACAACAACUUCAUCACCAAGCUUCUCCCAGACGUUCACCACAGUCACCAUCGUCCAACAAUCAAAAGCCACAGACACAAUCGCGCCACGAAUACUCGCCCCAAAGAGGAAACGAAGGGUGGUACGACUCGGAUGUGAUCCGCCUUGAGGACUAUAGCUCGAGCGAUGGCAUCCCAGCGGAGCCUUUGGUGGGCGAAGAGGAGUUUCUGCCAAACGAAAACAAUCCCCGAAAUCUCGCACGGAUUCGAAUGCCUUGGGAAACUCAAGAGGAAGUCGUGGAUAGACGUCCGCCAAGGCCACGGAAACAUGCAACUCCAGGAAACGAACACAAGCGACACAGUUUUGACUAUCCCGCUGGGGACUAUAGGGGUAGCAUGGAGCAAGACGAAUAUGACCUUUCCAGAAUUAAUCGGCAUCGGCAAAAGCAUUCCUCGCGGAGGAAUCAUCACCAUCAUCAUCACCACCACCAAAGCCUUGACAAUCAUCGUUUGCCAUCAAUGACAAAGCGAGUCAACAUAGGUCGAGAUCCGGUCCAGACUCUGGAUACACGGUUUUUGAUGAAUUCGCCAAAGCAGGCAAAGCCGAAAGAACCAAAGAGUGGCUAUCGGACGCAUCCGGUGGACCACAUAAUGCCGUCUGCGAACGAUUCCAUGACAUACAUCGACGACGAAGACGACUUUCAUCCUGACGAAGAAUACGACGAUGUGGACGUAAGAGACGAUGAAGAAGACGACCGUGACUUGGAUUCUGACCUUAAUAGUUUGUCGCCUCGAAAUCAUCACCACCAUCACCAACAACACCAACACCAUCACCACCAUUCUCAAAAUGGGGCAAGCAUGAAUGAUGACGCUCGUUACCUCCAAGAUUGGGAAACGAAUACCGUCGAUAGCGACGCGGAGCUGAGCCUGUUGUUGAGCGACACUGAUUUUCGGGAACACCUAGAACACCGCGACGACACGACACGCGGAGGAGCAAUGACUGUUGCUUCGUCGCAUAUGGGUAGCGUCGACGAGGAACGGGAGAAAGUUAUGCCUCCUGAGGAAAGAACACAACACCAUGCAGAAGAUCAGAAUCAGGACCCAACUUCACCACCUCCAACCUCGCCAGCACGGCCUCCUCCCUCGACACCACUCCCGCGACCACCCGCGACUCCCCGUUCACCACCACCAUCCAAGCCACCUCCAAAAUCCCCACAACAACCACAAAGCACUAUCCAGUCUCCCUUGCCAAGUACAGCGUCGCCACCAACCAAGGCAAACACCACUCCAAACAAGACUGCAUCUCCAAGCAGCAAUUCAUCCACACCAAACAAAGCCAACCUGAAACCACCUGUUGGGACGAGGAGCAACUUCAAUAACAUCCCACGACCAACACCGCCGGCAGCCAAAAAGAACAAACUGUUGGGAAUUCUCUAUAACAGUGAAUGAUCAGACACAGAAUAGUGCUGCCAGGAUGGUCACAGCUUGGGAACUGGUGAAGAGGGGUAUACUUUACUGGCUGGAGCUGCAUCAGAAGUGUCUCAUGCACCUCUGAUGCAGCUCAAGAGCUAUGCUUUUGCAUGAUGGAAUGUUGCGUCAGGGACGGCGUUGGUGUGAAGGUUGUAUCUAUGUAGUUGUCUUAUUAACGUUAACAAGUAAAAUGUAAUGUCUAGCAACCGUAGAACAAGGUUUUCAACGCAAACGAAUGAGAACUAAAUGUUGAAAGCAUAGAAUGAUAGUCGGAU